GUGUGUUCGUGGCGCCCUCGCCAGUUGUAAACGGAAUCGUGGUAUGAUUGAGGAUGGCGGUAUUCGUGUGUUUUGAGUCGGAUAGAAACGGCGAGGGCUAUGCCUCGCCCCUAAUGGUGGAGGAACACAUCGCAAGGCAGUACAACUAUCUCAAUGCGGUGCGGACUGAUGCAUCGGAGAGAGAUCUCAAUGCAUAUCGGAUUCACCGUCGUAUGUACUUUGUGCCUUUCUCUUUCUCUCCUGCAGUUGCUUGACCGUCCUUUGGACCAUGAUCACGGCACUUCGUCGCGGGAGGACGACAGCAACGACAGCCUGGGAAGCCUCCACGACAGGGCGAUGACGGUCACAGUCAGACGGCAGGUGGUGAGCCGCGACAUUGCCACGGUGGUGCUGCAGCAGCCCCCCGCCAUCGUUAAGGCCAUGACCAAGGCCAAUACCCUCGAUGCGCUGGUCGCCAUAGAUUUCCUGGAUCUGGAGGAAGCCAAGAGGGAGGGCCUCCUCAAGGCCAUAGCACGGAAGGCAACAAAGAUAGCAGACAUGGACGAAACCAUACGACUGACAUCAUCUUGUGUGUUGUCUCGUGCUUCAGGUGGUGCGCUGUCGCUGGUGUGAGGACCACCGCUUCGCCGCUGCACUGCUCGAGAGCAUCCAUCCCUACACGCUCAUCGCCCGCCUCGUCAGCGACCACACCGAGCUGGUGGCUCAUCUCGCCCCCUCGCUGCUCCGCGCACCGCAUGUCGUCAAGAGGCAGUGGGCGCGUGCGUCCGAUGCCGUCGAGGCUAACGACACGGCCAUGGAGUGUGUGGCGGGGCUGGUUGACGAGCUGACUCGGCAACUGGGUGGGGGGACUCUGGACGCGAGCAAGGAGGAGCUCGUCGCCUUCCUCACCAACACAACGGGCGCAGCCACGAUUGAGAAGGCUGUAGGUAGGUGAGGUGAAGGAUUAUGGAAUUGGAGGCUGGUGUUGGUUUGAUGGUACAGUACUGCUCCCUGCCUGUGUGUGUGUGUUUGAUCAGAUGACGUGUUUGCGGAUGGCGUGUUCGGUGUGCGUCCUGGAAGGUUCACGGACCAUUCCUUCACCGAUGAGGAAGGCCCCGUGGCCAUCAUCUACUGCCAGGAGGGCGGCCUCAGGAUCGAGGCUGCGGCGCUGAUCGACAGGGAAGAUCAGGAGGAGGGGUAUAACAUCUAUGAGCCUGUGGACAUUCUCGACGGUGAAGCCCCCGGCAUCGACUCAGAGCUCAGGGGUGAUGCAUCCAUUCAUCCAUCCAUCCAUCCAUCUAUCCCUGCAUAUCUGGGCGGCUGUGCACUUAGAUGUGGGUUCCUGGUGGGUGAGUGCCCGCGCGCAGAGCGACAUGCGGCCGCGAUGCUACUUCAUUGAGGCCACUUUCCAGGUCCGCCACGCCGCCGUAGCUGACGAACCCGAGGAGGAGGAAUGCAAGGGCCAGUCGGCUGACCGCUGCGUCGUCCCCCCGCCCACGACCCUUCACAAGCGCGAGGGCAUCGCCAUCGAAACUCGCGGCGAGAAUGACCUCGCCACGUUCGGUGUGGCCCUCCUCGGCGCGAACCUGGGCAUGGCAUUCUGCGCUCACAAUCUCACGCCAGAGCAGCUGACGGCCAAUGGCGUGGACGACAAGCAGGUGCGUGUGUGUGUGUGUGUGUAUGUGUGUCUGUGUCGUCUCUACUGCGUGUCGUCUGUCGUCUGACCUGCAGGUGCGCGACGUGACGGUGAGCAUUCGAGUGACGUCUUACCCGCUGUGCGACAUGGCCCUCAUGUACCUGGAGAAGUGCAUAGUCGGCAGGACCUGGCGGGACGUUGCGGACCUGGCAAGGUCAGACAGACAGGGAGGGAGCAGACAGACAGACAGCAAGAUGGUCCGAAUCUUUCUCAUGAGCAUGCUCUGUGUGUGUCAAUGUGCAGGCAUCUGCCCCGCGGCGUGAGUGAGCACCUCAUGCUGCACCUGAGCGGCAUUACCCUCCAACCGUACGCCGUCAUGUCCCACUGGCUGGCCUCUCUCGAGCCCACGCGGCUCGAUGCCUGGACCAUCAGCAAGGUCGCCGACAAGAUGCUCGUGACACAGAAGAUGCAGCAGAGCAUCGCCGACCUGCCGCCCUUCAUCAUGGCCGUCACGCCACAUCUGGACCAGCAACAGACCAUCGUACUGAAAGAACGAUUCAAAGAGGUCAGCUUGCCUGAAGACAACAGGCUUGCUUUGUGUCUCGGUUCGCAAUUGGUCUGUUCUCCAUUCAUUCAGAGCAUCUGUGGCCCCGCCCCCGGCCCUGCCCCGCCGGGGAUGGGCUUUCACCCCCACCACGAAUUGCAGUGGCGCUUGGAGUACCUCUUCAAUGCCUUCACGAGACGCGACGCCCUCAUGCUCACACACAGCAGACCGCCGCACGGCAGGAGUGGCAGCGAGGCGUCUGAGGUGCUGGCAGACGAACGGGGCGGGGGCAACGUGUGUGUCUGUGGGGUGGGUGAGUUUGGCUCAGCGGGGGCUUUAGAAUGACUAACUCAGUGGUGGGUGGGAUGUGAUCGUAGGACGGAUUUCUUCUCUCUGUGAGUGAAUGGCCAC